GCAACAUGAGAGGUUUCAGGAGCACGUUCUAUGAGGUCGCAACGGAGCAGCUCGACAUCGACUAUGGCCCCCCGCCCCAGCCUGGGACUGACAUGCACGAGCACCAGCGAUCUCUAUUCGACAACCUGCUGAAAGUUUGCAGUACUUCUACUUUCCAUGACAGGUGGAUGCGGUUCGUCGUGGAGUCAUUGCUCAAUGGGGAUUGGUCCAUCAGGGGUCGCGUGAUCCACCACUGUUCCGGUUGCUGCAGAGACAAGGCCCACGCCGAGAGAAAGUUGCGCAAGAAUCUAGGCGUGCUUUUUUCCAAGUUGAAGGUUUUCAGCCGCUCCAAAUGGAUAGAUGCCGAGGAGGUGUGCGGCCAGAUAUGCGUCUUAGAGUGCGUCCACAAACUUUUCAGCGCGACCUUCCUGAGAUACGCUUCGUCCCAUCUCAAGCCCGAUCCGAAGUCCGAGCCGCAGCAGGAUCCGUCCGCAAUGGCCAUCGAUGACGACGCUGGAGAGGAUGACAAGGCCGGGCGCGAUGAGAAGGAGGACCAGGGUGACCAGGGCGACCAGAGCAAAGAUAAGGGCAGUCAGAGUGCCCGGGAGAAGGGUGCAACGGAGGCUGUAACGAAAGAGAUCGACUGGAAGAAGUUGGUGGCAUCUUGGCUGAAAUCUGGGGUCGAGUGGGCAGAGGGCACGUUCUUGCAGAACCUGGUGGCGCUUCGUUUGGUGAUGUCUGCCCGGCGGGCAUGCUUGUCAAGGAUGCUCGGUACUUGUACUAUGGCUUGGGAGCGGAAGCAACAGCGCCGUGAGCGCACAGAGGGCACGCGCGACUACAAGGCCGCGCUGCGAUGCCGCGGAUACUAUUCACAGCCUGGAGUGCAGAGGUGUUUGGCAUUCCGGUUGCUGGCGCGGAGCACGGCCGUGCUCUUUCAGAACAUCAUCUUGCCAGAACGGGCGUUCCCGAUCCAGUUGUUCAAGCUUGUCGACGCGUCCGAGCCGCAAGUGUUCAGAGAUAUCUGCGCUGAGUUCAAGGCGCGCCCGUGCCUGUUCGACCCCGUGUCUUGCGAUUAUCUGGUGAAGUACAGCGAUUCCGAGAAGCUCCAGUCUGAGGAGGCGCGCGCUGAGCUCCGACUCAUCGCGGUUAUGACAGAAUUAUGCAUUGCGAGAUUGGAGUGUAAAUGGGCGAAGGUAAGGCUUCUGACAAAAUGCCUCUCGUUGCACACAUGGUCAGCCGAUCUCCAGGACGUGUCGUCGCGCUUCAUGUUGACCCGGAAGCGCUUCCAGCUGGAGUCGGUUGAAGUGAACCCAGACGCCGUGGCCAAGGCGGCAAAACAGAAUCGCAAGAUCCGCCCAUAUGACGUCUUCAAACGCGGGAAGUUGAUCGAGCAUUGGCAGGAGCAUGGCCGAAAACCGACAAAAGAAGAUCUGAAUCGCAUGACGUCUGAGUAUUCAACAUUAUCACAUGAGGCGUUCGAGGAGCUCUGCCGGAAGGCCAGGGCUGCCGAGGCGCGCAGGGCUGUCGGCAUGCGGUCCCACGCCGACCCGAUUCACAACAUCCAGCUGGCGCCCGCUCAG